AUGGUUCACAAUGAAAGGCUCGCACCACUUGGAGCCGUGUGGCCCUGGCUUGUCUGCGCCUUCGCUGAUACCAGCACAGAGGAAGAGGUAGUCAAUCUUGUUCGAGCCGACCUGGGUAAGGGAUUCGGCGGCGAACGACUUGACGGUCUUGAGGUUGUUCAGCUCGAGCGGGAGGAUGCUGAGCGAGUGCAGGGCGCGAUCGUAUUUAAGCGUGUCAAAGGCAUCUUGAGUGCGCUUGAGGUUACGGGCACCAACAAUGACCUUGUACGGCUGGGACUGCUCCAGAAGCUGCUUGAUCACCUCAAAGCCCUGGGCUGGGCGUUAGUGGGGUGUUGGUUCCGUAGAAUGGGGCAACGGCUAAAGAUACCAGGCCAGAGGAGGAUCCGGUCGCAAUGA